GGUCAGGGCGGGGGGAUGUGGCGGAUGGUGUGGCGGCGCGUGGCGGCGGGGGCGGCGCGGCCGGGCCGGGGCCGGCGGGCGCUGAGCGGGGGCGGCCCCGGGGCCCUGCGGCCGCCGCCCCCCGCCUGGGCCCGCCGCGCCCCGGGGUUGCUGUCGCCGCCGGUGCCGGGGCUGGUGCCGGGCCUGGCCUGGCCGCGCGCCCCGCGCCGCUGCUGCAGCCUGCCCCCGCACCAGAAGGUGGCGUUGCCGGCGCUGUCGCCCACCAUGCAGAUGGGCACCAUCGCGCGCUGGGAGAAGAAGGAGGGUGACAAGAUCCGCGAGGGCGAGCUCAUCGCCGAGGUGGAGACGGACAAAGCCACGGUGGGGUUCGAGAUCCUGGACGAGUGUUACCUGGCCAAGAUCCUGGUGGCGGAGGGGGCCAGAGACGUCCCUAUCGGCACCGUAAUAUGCAUCACCGUUGAGAAGCCUGAGUUUGUUGAUGCCUUUAAAAAUUAUGCCUUGGAUGCCGCCCCGGCCUCCGCCCCUUCGGCUGCCGCGCCGCCACCGCCGCCAGCUCAGCCUUCGGCUCAGGCCCCGGGAAGCUCCUACCCUCCUCACAUGCAAAUCGUCCUUCCUGCUCUGUCGCCUACAAUGACGAUGGGCACAGUUCAGAGAUGGGAGAAGAAGGUUGGUGAGAAGCUGAGCGAAGGAGACUUACUGGCAGAAAUUGAGACAGAUAAAGCCACGAUAGGCUUUGAGGUGCAGGAAGAAGGGUAUCUGGCAAAAAUUCUAGUGGCUGAAGGAACAAGGGAUGUGCCGUUAGGAACCCCACUCUGCAUCAUUGUGGAGAAGGAGUCUGAUAUCCCAGCAUUUGCUGACUAUAGGGAGACUGGAAUAGUUGACAUCAAGCCACAAGCACCAAUACAGCCUGCUCCCUCACCAAUGGCAGCAGCUCCUGCUCUGGCCCAGCCUGUUGCUCCUUCGUCUCCAGCAGCAUCUGCACCUGUGGCUGCUGCGCGUGGAGGACGGGUGAUAGCUAGCCCCCUGGCAAAGAAACUGGCAGAAGAAAGAGGAAUUGACCUUGCGCAGGUGAAAGGUACUGGACCAGAUGGUAGAAUCACAAAGAAAGAUGUUGAGUCAUUCGUGCCUCCAAAGGUUGCUCCUGCCCCGGAAGCAGUAGCAGCUCCCGCAGCUGCUGCAGUUCCGACUGUGGCAGCACCUCCCACAGGGGUCUUCACGGAUAUCCCUCUCAGCAAUGUCCGGAGGGUCAUUGCUCAGCGUCUCAUGCAGUCCAAACAAACAAUACCUCACUACUAUCUCUCCAUUGAUGUAAACAUGGGAGAAAUAUUGGUGCUCAGAAAAGAACUCAAUCAGGAGGUUGUGAAGGAUGUUAAGCUUUCUGUCAAUGACUUCAUCAUUAAAGCUUCAGCUCUGGCAUGUUUGAAGGUGCCUGAAGCAAAUUCCUCAUGGAUGGACACAGUUAUUAGGCAAAAUCAUGUAGUGGAUGUUAGCAUUGCAGUGAGUACUCCUGCUGGGCUCAUAACCCCCAUUGUGUUCAAUGCGCACAUAAAGGGACUGGCUUCUAUUAAUAAAGAUGUUGUUUCUUUGGCAACUAAAGCACGAGAAGGUAAACUUCAGCCACAUGAAUUUCAGGGAGGCACUUUCACAGUUUCCAAUUUAGGAAUGUAUGGGAUUAAGAAUUUCUCUGCCAUAAUCAACCCACCGCAAGCUUGUAUUCUGGCAGUUGGUACAUCGGAGAAAAGGCUGGUGCCAGCAGAUAAUGAGAAAGGAUUUGACGUGGCCAGCAUGAUGUCGGUAACGCUUAGUUGUGAUCACCGAGUUGUGGAUGGAGCAGUCGGAGCCCAGUGGCUUGCUGAGUUCAAGAAGUUCCUUGAAAAGCCAACAACCAUGCUGCUAUAAUCUGACCAUGCAACCAAGACUUUCCUAGGCCACAUUCAUUUCUAAAUGAGCUAUUUAUAUUUCAGUGUUUAGACUCCUCUUAAACAAAUUUCCUUUUUUAUUUUAAAUAUAUAUAUAUAUAUAUAUAUAUUCACUGGUAAUUUUUAUUACCAGUCUGUACAGAUAAAUAGUUUGCAAAAAGGCUUUACAAAGCAAUGGAGCAACGCUGUAUUUUAUACAGUCAAUGAUCUUGCAAACUUCUUUCCAAAAAGGUCAAGUGUCCUGGAUUUAAAAUUAUGUGAGCAGGGUAUGCUUUGUUAUAUCCUCCUAAUUGAGGGGGAAAGUGGUGGGAACAUGCCCAGUUAAUUGGUGAUCUCUUGUGUUCUCAAAAAUAGGAGACCUAGAUCUGUUCACAGGAGUCCCUAGAAGCUGAAAUCUACAGCCUAUUACAAAAGUGUGUUCCACUGGUGGUCUGUUCUCCUGCUAAUAUUAGUGAGGGCAGCAGGUGCGCUGCGGGAGGAAUAGACCUCUUGGAAUAACUUCUCACAGGGUGAAGUGUUUUGCAUUUCAAAGGCUCUUGGGAGUUCAGCACUGGUUCAGAUUUUACCAGCUACAUGGACCCUUUAAGGCAAACAGAAACUGUACAGUCAUCUCUUUUAAGUGCUACGGAGAAUGUGCCCCCUUUGGAUUUUAACUCGUAUGCAUUUUUAUAUGAACUCCAUUGUCUUAAAUGGCUUUCCCAUUGCUUAGUUCCCAAUAUAUUCUGUUGCAGUGGAAAUGCUUGUUUUGCCUAAGGGUCAGGAGAAAUGUGUGUUGAAAUGUGUAUUGACACAUGCAAUUGGGCCAUCAGGAAUAAUUUACAUGACAGCUUGGAGGUCUGAAAAGUGAUUUUCGGGUGUCCUUGAUGUGGGAAGCUUUAAGACUAGGAGAAGAGUCAGGUAGUGCUGUUGUGACAUGGAAUGUCUCUUGUCCCGGCAUCAGGAAACUGCAGAAUGUGCUGUCUGUGUAUAUUUUGUAUGUAAACGGCUUUAAAUGGUUCUCCAUUGGGCUUGUGUUCAAAUACACUAAUCACUGGGUCCUGCAAAGGGGGGCAGGGUGCAUCGGUGAACACACCUAAAUUCCACUUUCCAAAUAGAAAUGUUAAUGUAAAGAGAAGGAUUGUAGAGUUGAUCAGCGACAUGACCAGUAGGAAAAAUUUGAAUAAGAGGGAGAAGCUGACCUGAUCCCUUCCACACUGCAUUAAGUGCUGUCUCCUCCAGUGUUGUGCUACAGAAUCCACAAAACAUAAUGCUGAAAGAAUAUUUUGUGGAAAUUAAAUAUUUUUGUGACCACUAUUUAAUGUUCUACUCAGUUAAUUGCAGUGAUGCCUAAUUUUAUUGGUUGGGUUUAAAAAAAACCAACCCAAACCCAUGUGAUUGCAAUUAAGUUUAAUAAUGAUUUAAUUAUCCCUGUUCCAGACUCUAGUGAACCUGUGAGUUCCAUUAAAUGUUUGGAAUUGGCAGACUACUAAGAAUUGUUUCAGUGCUUUUUUCUGUUCAUUCAUGCAUGUAGCUUACCUCCCCUGCUCUAAUGCUCACACUGUCAAAACCGUUGUCCUGCUCUGGUUUGAUGGACACAACUUAUAUUAUUAACCUUUAACUUCCAGUUCUUAGUGGGCAGUGCAGUCUCUGACAAAGCAUUGUCGGGUAGCGCUAGACUGAUUUGCUUCAGACUCCAGUGCUAGACUUUGCAUGAUUCGCCUGCUCUUUAAAAUGUCUGCGUAAGGAACUUCUGGACACUUUCAUUACCCUCUUCCUUGUAAUCCGAACAUUAACCAACCCAGGAGCUCGCUAAGGGAGGACAGUUCCAGCAGAUGCCCAACUGGGAAGCUUGCUGGCAGAACAGAAUGGUCCAUUCAAGUAUAUGAGUAUCCCUGGCUUCGGGUUGCGUGCAGCAUUCGGUGGUUCCCUAUCCACCCUGCAAAUGAGGCAGCUCAGAGUAAAGCCUUUUUUCUCAUUCGGAAUUCUUAAUUAAGUAUAGAAAAUAAAAUGCAGUUGUUAGAUGCAAUCUAAUUGUCUCAGAACAAAAGGGGAGGAAAGUUAGGAGUAAACAGCUGUUCAAAUUAAAUACAAUGAUACCUUUAA